AUGAGUCAAACGUCAGAAGAUACUUACUCGAGAAAUGAAGAUGAUCUCAAAGUCUACACACCUGAAGAUGUUACCUCUAGGGAGGAAGAUGUGAUCAGAAGAAUAGAAACCAACACUGGUGUGCAGCUGCUUGUUCACUCUGUUGGUAGUGGUAUUGUUGAGUUAGGUCCUUUGGAAGAGCCCUAUGAUGUUCAGAGAGUCGAGACGCACCCGGAUCCUAACACUACAUACCACGAAGCUGAUGAAUGGAAGUACCCAAUUGACAAAGAAACACAAAUGAGAAUUGUUCAUUGGGUUGAAGGUGACAAACAAAAUCCUAAGAAUUUUGGUUCAGCAAGAAAAUGGGUCAUCACUUUGGUUUUGGGAUUUAUCUGUUUUAUUGUUGCAUUCGGCUCUGCAGUUGUCACUGGUGAUAUGGCGGGCCCAUCGAAAUACUUUGGUGUUUCAGAGGAGGUUUACAUUUUGGCUGCUGUGACUGUUUUCGUCCUUGGUUUUGGAUUUGGCCCACUUGUAUUCGCUCCAUUCUCCGAAGAAUUGGGAAGACAACCUGUUUACCUUGUCACUUUGGGUGUUGCUCUUGUUUUCAUCAUUCCUUGUGCCGUCGCCAAGAACAUCGGAACCAUGAUUGUUUGUCGUUUGAUUGACGGUAUUGCAUUCUCUGCCCCAAUGUGUCUUAUUGGUGGCUCUUUGGCUGAUAUCUGGGACUCCCGUGAAAGAGGUAAAGCGAUGGCAGUCUUCUCUGCCGCUCCAUUCUUGGGUCCUGCCGUCGGUCCAGUAUUCGGUGGCCUUAUUGGUGAUUACGGUUCCACAUGGAGAUGGAUCUACUGGACUUUCUUGAUCUGUGGUGGCUUUGGCUACAUCAUCUUGGCCAUUUUUGUCCCAGAGACUCACCACCAGACUCUCCUCAGAAGAAGAGCUAAGAAGCUCAGAAAGUUAACUGGUGACGAUUCUUACAGAGCUUUAAGUGAGCUCAAGAUCAGAACCGUCAAGGAGAAGGUGAAUGACUCUUUGCUCAGACCUUUCAUUUUGCUUACCGAGCUUAUUGUCUUCCUUGUCACCAUGUACAUGGCUGUCAUCUACGGUUUGCUUUACAUGUUCUUCUUUGCUUACCCUGUUGUCUACAUGGAGGGUAAGGGUUGGUCUGCUUCCAUGACUGGUGUGAUGUUCCUUCCUAUCGCUGGUGGCUGUGUCGUUGCUACCCUUUUUGCACCACUCAUCAACAAGGACUACAUCAGAAAAGCCCAGCCUUAUGUUGACAGAGGAGAGCUUCCUCCUCCAGAGUUGAGAUUGAGACCUAUGCUCGUAGCUUGUUGGUUUGUUCCAGCGGGUUUAUUCGCAUUCGCAUGGUCUUCCUACCCACACAUCUCAUGGGCUGGUCCUGCUUUCAGUGGUUUCGGAUGUGGCAUUGGUUUCUUGUCCUUGUACAACCCUGCUAACAAUUAUAUCGUCGACUCAUACCAGCAUUACGCUGCCAGCGCAUUGGCCGCCAAAACUUUCGUGAGAUCCAUUUGGGGUGCCUGCGUUCCUCUUUUUACAAUGCAGAUGUACCAUAGAUUGGGAGACCAGUGGGCCACGUCUUUGAUGGCCUUCAUUGCUUUGGCUUGUUGUCUCAUUCCAUACGCAUUCUACAUCUGGGGCGCCAAAGUCAGAGAGUUCUCCAGAUACGCUUACACUGAUCAGAAGUAA